UCAAUAAUUGCUUUAUUUUUUUAUUUUUGGGUUUCGCUGUGUUAAUUCGUUUUCAUACUCUUAGCUUUUAAAUAACUUUUGUUGUUGCAAAUGAAGGGGUGUUUUUAGUUCGCGAAGAAAAGCAGAAACUAAAUAAUUUUUCAAUAUAAUUUCGAGAAAAUUUUAAAUAACAAUUUUUAUUAGCAGAAACAAUAUUGUAAUAAAGAUGUCAGCCGUACGUUUCCUAAGUGUUAUAGGUCAAUUACCUAGAAGGCAUUUCGUCCACCAAAAUGGAUGUAAAAGAGUUUUUAUGCAAAAUGUACGCCUGAUGUCUGCUGCGCCUGAGAAACACAUUCGCACCAAAAUCGUGGGUGAUGUUAUGGUCAUUACAUUAGAUUCUCCGGGAGCUAAAGUGAACUCUUUAGGCGAUGCAGUAAUGCGCGAGUUUGAAGACAUACUUAAAGAGGUGGAAACAAAUCCACAGGUUAAAUCGGCCGUACUUAUAUCUGCCAAGCCUGGCUGCUUUGUAGCCGGCGCUGAUAUUAGCAUGCUAGAAAAAUGUCAAACAGCUGCAGAAGCUACUCGAAUAUCCCAAGAAGGCCAAUAUAUGUUCGAACGUAUGGAACGCGGUCGCAAGCCUUUUGUCGCUGCGAUUAAUGGAGUAUGUCUAGGUGGCGGUUUGGAAUUGGCUAUGGCAUGUCAUUACCGUAUUGCCACCAAGGAUAAGAAAACAAAGUUAGGUCUUCCUGAAGUAAUGUUAGGUUUACUACCCGGUGGAGGUGGUACCGUUCGCCUACCAAAAUUAGCAGGUGUACCAACAGCACUUGAUAUGGAAUUGACUGGCAAACAACUGCCAGCCGAACGUGCCAAAAAGGCAGGUGUUGUUGAUUUAUUAGUGAAUCCGUUAGGUCCUGGUCUUGCGCCUGCCGAUCAGACCACAAUGGAAUAUUUAGAAAGGGUUGCUAUCCAAGCGGCGAACGAUCUUGCGAGUGGAAAACUUAAGGUUAACCGCGAAAAGACUGGAUUGAUUAAUAAGGUUACAUCUUUAGUAAUGGAUACAGAGUUCGUGAAAAACAAAAUUUUCGAUACGGCGCGGAAACAAGUGAUGAAGAUGACUAAUGGCUUGUACCCAGCGCCACUCAAGAUUCUUGACGUAAUCCGAACUGGUGUAGAUAAAGGCAGCGAAGCUGGUUAUGCAGCUGAGCGAGAGGGAUUCGGUCAACUGGCUGCCACACCCGAGUCGAAGGGUCUGAUUGCUUUGUUCCGUGGUCAAACGGAAUGCAAGAAGAAUCGUUUCGGUGCACCGCAACAUAAGGUUAAGACAUUGGGUGUUCUAGGAGCUGGCCUAAUGGGUGCUGGUAUUGUUCAAGUUAGCGUCGAUAAAGGCGUUUCAGUUGUAAUGAAAGACGCGACGGAUGCUGGCUUGGCUCGUGGAAUUGGUCAAGUUCAAAACGGUUUGGAAACAAGUGUGAAACGAAAGCGUAUUACAGCUCUGGAACGGGAUCAAAUUCUAGCUAAUUUGCUGCCCACUCUUGAUUACAAUGAUUUCAAGAAUGCCGAUAUGGUGAUUGAAGCUGUCUUUGAGGAUAUUAAGGUAAAACAUGGCGUAAUAAAAGAAUUGGAGGCAGUUGUGCCCAAGCACUGUAUAAUUGCCACCAAUACCAGUGCCAUUCCUAUUACUAAAAUAGCUGCUGGCAGCUCCCGACCGGAUAAAGUCGUAGGAAUGCAUUAUUUUUCACCUGUAGACAAAAUGCAACUACUUGAAAUCAUAACUCAUCCAGGCACAUCGAAGGACACCAUUGCUGCAGCCGUUGCUAUGGGCCUAAAACAAGGCAAAGUGGUUAUUAUCGUUGGUGAUGGUCCUGGUUUUUAUACAACAAGAAUUUUGUCCACUAUGUUGUCUGAAGCCAUACGACUUCUCCAAGAAGGCGUAGACCCCAAAGAUCUUGAUUCCAUGUCCAAGAAAUUCGGUUUCCCCGUAGGAGCUGCCACUUUAGCUGACGAAGUUGGAAUCGACGUAGGCUCGCAUAUAGCAGUAGAUUUAGCUAAAGCGUUCGGUGACCGUUUUAGCGGAGGAAAUUUGGCCGUAAUGCAAGACAUGGUUACUUCUGGAUUCUUGGGCCGCAAAUCUGGAAAAGGCAUCUUUAUAUAUGAAGGCAAAACGAAGGGAGCUCGUCCGGUUAAUUUGCAAGCCUUGGAAAUAUUAAAACAAAAGUACGCUUUAACUCCGAAAGGAGCAAACACCGCCGAAGAUAUGACCUUGCGAAUGGUUUCACGUUUUAUUAACGAAGCUGUGCUUUGUCUCGAAGAGAAGAUUUUGCAUAAUCCCUUGGAGGGUGACGUCGGCGCUGUUUUCGGUCUAGGAUUUCCUCCUUUUACCGGCGGUCCAUUCCGUUUUGUGGAUCAAUUUACCGCUCGCAGAUUAGUUGAUAAAAUGUUAAUGUACGCCGAUCUUUAUGGCGCUCCGUUUAAACCCGCCCAAACAUUGCUCGAUAUGGCAAAGGAUCCAUCUAAAAAAUUUUAUCCUGAUACGAUCGCAACUUCGCAUUUGUAAAUGGCUACACGUACAUGUAUAUUUAGCGCCUACUUUUACUGAGUGAGAAAUGGAUCGUCUUAACUUAGAGUACGCGCACGCACCACUAUUAAUGCAUUUAGCGAUUUAUCGAUGUUUAAUUUUUAAGUUUAAAGUCUGCGAAUAUGUUUACAAAUCUGAAAUCGUGUUAAACUAUUAAAACUAUUACCAACAAUUUUUUAAACGAC